AUGGAUAAAGUCAAUCAUGCUCAAGGAAUUGAUGAGGCUUCCCUUCAACACCCACAAUUGCCACCGAAACAAACGAGAGGGCACCCAUUGCCAACCGACAAUGGAGCUGCCCAUCCCAAUAGUAAUGCAAUCCCAAUGACCGAUAAUGGACAUAACGGGCACUCAGAUGACGGUAUGAGUGUACCUCCCAGUCCCACUGGAACGUUCUCCACGUUCAGUAUGACUAGCACGAUGAACGACAGGGUAUUCAGGGAAGAUGGAGGGAGAAGGUUUCAAGCUCAAAAUGACGAGCAAGAAUUGCAGCGAUUGGAAUGCCAACAUCGAGCCUUUAAAGCUGUCCAAGCCGAUCAAAAUUACCUUGCACCGGUACAUCGUAAUCUAUUCGAUGGCGCUCGAGGACUGGAUGUAGGUUGUGGCACUGGUAUCUGGACGAUCGAGAUGGCUCAAGAAUUUCCCAGCGUCGAAUGGGUCGGGACAGAUUUGGCACCUGUACAAAGGGAUAACGAUCUACCUGAGAAUCUGCAUUUCGUCCAGAAUGAUAUCACUCAAGGUCUACCUUUCCCAGAUGAAAGUUUUGAUUUGGUUCAUUCAAGACUGAUAGUGAUGGGUAUCCGUGAUUGGAAAUAUAUCGUCAAUGAAAUUUUGAGAGUAUUGAAACAUGGUGGUAUGCUUCUGAUGAUCGAAUGUGAUUUCCCUUGGGGAUUACCUGGUGUUCCUGAAGAUGAAUGGAAAGAGCGAGCUGGUGGACACUGCAGAUUCUCAGAUUACUUGAAAAUGGCAGUCGAAAAUAGAGGAUACGAUUCUCAAGCUGCUUCAAGAACAAUAGCCACUCUAAUGAGAGCCAGUGGUAAAGUUAUCGAUGUAAAUCAAUUGGAAAGCUGUUUACCUCUUUGGGGUUGGUCAGACGAUCCACAUUGGAGAAAAUCAGGCGAAAUCAUGAGGGCAGACGCAGAGGACAUACCAAAUUCAGUGAAAAUAGUCAUUCAAGACGCUUGGGAAGUUCCUGAAAAUCUAUAUCAAGAGAUCAAACGUGGUUAUCUAGCUGAUUUAGGUAAACCCGGUGCGAAUACUGCAGUUCCAAUCGUACAUAAUUUCGGAUGGAAAUUUUGA